UGCUGUCACUUUAAUUAAAGGCACCCCACCCUUUCAUCCGUCAGCCACACCGCUACGUGGGUAAGUGGCAGAGAGUGCAGGGGGGACUUCCCAUUGGCUCUCUGCACCAUCCCUGCUGGGCCCCACGUACCCGGAAUCUCUCGACCUCUGCAGGGCGUCAUGGAGUCGUUCAGCUCAAAGGAUCUGGCCCUCCGCACGCAGAAGAAGGUGCUGAGCCGGAUGGCGUCGAAGACGCUGGCCCAGCUCUUCAUCGACGAUACCAGCAGCGAGAUCCUGGACGAGCUGUACCGGGUGUCCAAGGAGUUCACGGGCAACAAGGCAGAGUCGCAGAAGGUGCUGAAGAACCUGGUGAAGAUCGCGGUGAAGAUCGCCGUCCUCUACCGGCACCAGCAGUUCUCCGUCGAGGAGCUGGGCAUGGCGGAGAGCUUCAAGAAGAAACUGCGUCAGGGAGCCAUGACGGUGGUCAGCUUUUAUGAGGUGGCCUUUACGUUCGAGCAGAGCGUGAUGGCGGGCAUCCUGGAAGAGAGCCGGGACCUCCUGCUGAAGCUGGUCUCUAGCCACCUCACACCCAAGUCCCACGGCCGCAUCAGGCACGUCUUCAACCACUUUGCCAACGCUGACCUGCUGAGCAAGCUCUAUGGUCCUGAUGAGCCGUACAGGUCCCACCUCAAGAAGAUCUGCACUGGCCUAAACAAGUUGCUAGAGGAGGGCACGCUAUAGUGGGGGGUGGUCACUAGGCCCACCCUAACCCCCCCUUUCCAUUCCUGGCAAUGCCCUCUCUUCCCUUCCCCUCCCCUCACACUCAGGAUGUCAUCUCUCUUGCGAACACAUGGGACCUUUUCACUCGCACCAAUCACUGGGAGUUUCUUCACCUCCAUCGCAGUCCAGAAGUAUAGCAGUGGGGAUGACAGCCACUCAAACCCUGUCCUUACCCUUCACCAUCCCAGAAGGGAAAAUCUUCCCUGCUCUAACACCUCCGAACACUGAUUCUCACACUCAAGAUGCCACAGCUCUUGAGAGGACGUGGUAUCUUUCCAGACAAAACCACCCCACUUAAUCAUCCUCAGGAAGUCCCUCUCCAUCCACCACAACCUGAAAUCUUGGAGGGGGGACCAUUCGGCCCCUCUUACACCAUCUAUCUCCCAUUCACCAUCCCGCAGGGUCAACCUUCCUUUCGAUGCUCCCCCGCUCUCCCAGACGUUAAGACUUUCUGAGAGCUCACAGAACUUUGGAAAGAGAUUCAUCCAGCACCCUCUCCCCUAUCCUGAACAGAUCUUCCCCGGUAAAUCGGUGUACCAGGAUUCAGUGAGUGGCGCCAUACCGACAGAUCAUUCCACUGAGACUAGAGUGUUACAGUUAGAGAGAGUGCAGUGCAGGCAGAUAAAUAAAGUGCAAGGGCCUCAACGAGGGAGAUUGGGAGAUCGGGAGUUCAGCUUUUGGUGUGUGAGAGGUCCGUUCAGGAGUCUGGUAACUGCAGGGUAGAAGUUGUCCUUGAGCCUGACAGGACGUGCUUGCAGGCUUUGGUACCUUCUGCCUGAUGGGAGGGGGAGAACAGAAAACGUCCAGGGUGGGUGGAACCUUUAACUGAACUUGGCUGAGUCCACGGAGUGGAGGGUGGCCGAGCUGUGUCCACAACUCUCUGCAGUUUCCUGCGGUCAGGGCUGGAGCAGUUGCCAUCCCAAACCGUGAGGCAUCCAGGAAAAAAUGCUUUCUGUGGUGUAUCUGUAAAAAUUGGUGAGGGUUAAUAGGGACAUCCCAACUUCCUUUAGCAUCCUGUGAGGCAUUGGUGAGCCUUCUCAGCCAUAGCGUCUACGUGGUUGGACCAGGACAGGUUGCUGGAGAUGUUCACACCCAGAAUCUCAGUUACCACCAUUAAUACAGACAGGGACCACCCCACCCUCCCACACACACGUCAAUUCGUCAAACAGAAGUUACUUUAUCCUACAGAUUGUCCCCUUGUCACUUUGUAGAGUUGGACCUGGAUAUAGAUAGAUAGAUAGAGAGAGGGAGAUGGAGAAAUGAGAAGAGAAGGUGUUGGCACAGGACAAGAGGGCAGAACAGAUAAAAAGUCUACUCGACAGCUUGCUAGGGAUGAGACGACUGCCCCCUGCCUCCCAACAAAGGUCUGAAGUCAGAAAGACUAAGAACGGUUAAUAUUGAGAGCUUAUAAAUGGAAUCCACACAACAGGCCAGGAAGGAUUAAUGGGACAGAAGACCCAGACUGACCGAAUGGCCCACUCGGCUGCUCAUUGUGGGUCAGCAAGACUAAGAGGGUUCACAAAUGCCACCCACAUGGCAGGUCUGCCUUGGGCCUGGACAGAUCAUUCCAUAUGUCAGUGACAGGGGAGCCAAAUAGAGUCCCAACUACAGAGAAAGGGCAGUGCAGGCAGGUAAACGAAGUGCCAGGGCAACAAGGUGGACUGGGAGAUCAGGGGUUCAUUUUUAGUGUAUGAGAGGUGUUGAAGGGUCUACUAACAGCGGGGUAGAAGUUGUCCUUGAGCCUGCUGGCCAGUACGUUCUCUCAGUCUUUUGUAUAAUCUGCCAGACUGGGGAGGGAGGGGCAAGAUUGACUGGGCUGAGGGCCCUUGGUAAUGUUGGCUGCUUUCCUAUGGCAGCAAGAAGAUUCACUAGAGGGGGGGCUGGUUUGAGCGCUGUGGGCGGAGGGUUGUGAAAACCAGAGUCUCCAGAAAUGCACAGGUCUUGAGGCGAAGUGCUCGACACCAUCACAGCUCGGGACGCCCGGAGUCCAAUUCCGGCACCAUCUGUACGUCCUCCCUGUGGAAUGCCUCGGUUUUCCCCGGGUGCUCUGCUUUCCUCGCAGAGUCCAAAGAUGUACCGGCUAGGUUAAUUGGUCAAUCUAAAUUGUCCCAUGAUUAGGUUCAGGUUAAUCGGGGGUUUGGGGCAGCACAACUCCAUACUGCUAGAUAAAUGGAACUCUGCCCAGCUACGGGCAGAUACAUUCCCACACAGGAAUGGGCCUCUAGCCCACCUCGGAAUAGGGGGAGUAUUUUUACAUGACUGGUCACGCAGAGAGGUCAAGGGGAGAGACCUUUCCCCAGGUGACCCAGAGUGUCAAUCAAUGUAGACUUCAGAAAGGACUGAUAAGGUUAUAUCUCAUUGUCCAUCAAUGAAUCAGCUAAGUUGGAAAAAUGGAUCUGAAUUCUCUGACAGGACUGGCAGUCUUCUGCAAGGAUGGAUACUCGGACCCUUAGUUAUAACAUUAUCAAACUGGUUGUGAAUGUAUAAAAGAGAGGGGACUUGGAGACCCUAUCCCCAUUUCUAACCACGACUCGUUGUCAGGGGCGACUAGAGAUCAUGUUUCAAUGCACAAAUUAACUCCGUCCUUCUCAUUGAGAUUUCAAUGACUUUUAUAUCUACAAUGAAUCUCAAUGGCAGCCCCAGCGCCUGACCUGGGAACAUAUACACUCCUUUCCCCUUCCACUAUCUAAUGAUGAUAUUCCCACUUGGAAGUCUGUGACAGAGCAGUACAGAGGGAGCUUUGCUACGUCUAACCCUUUCUUAAAAUGUACUUUAUUCAUAAAAAUAUGUAUAUAUGCAAAUGUUUAAGUAAACA